AUAUUAUUCAAAACCCAUGACUUCCCGCAACCCUCUUUCUGUUUUGUUUUUCUUCAAAUUAAAUUAAAUUAUUGCUGGGUUUUGAAAGUUGAACCCCGUGCUUAUGUAUAUAUAAACCCAACCCAACCCAACCCAACCCAACCAACUCUCAUUUUAUUCCUGCACAAAAAGCACAACAUAAACUCCUUCUUUGUUCUUCCUUUUGGUGCUGUUUCAUUCAAACUAGUACCAACGGCCAAAUGAUUUCUUCGUGGAGAAGGCGUAGAGCUGCCCGCUCUGCCGCUAAGGAGCGGCAACAGGGUAAGAGCGGAGACAUGGAGCUGACGCUUCCUGUCCAUUUCCGCUGCCCGAUAUCUCUGGACUUGAUGAAAGAUCCGGUCACGUUGUCGACCGGGAUUACAUACGACCGUGAGAGCAUCGAGGCGUGGAUUGAGGCCGGGAACGUGACCUGUCCUAUUAGUAACCAGGUGUUGACAAGCGUUGAGCUAGUACCAAAUCAUACCAUAAGGAAUAUGAUACAAGACUGGUGCGUUGAGAACCAGUCCUACGGCAUUGAGAGGGUCCCCACCCCUCGAAUUCCGGUAAGUUCGGUAGAGGUUUCAGAAAUGCUUUCCAAGAUUACGAUGGCAAGUCAACGUGGCGAUCAUAUCGGGUGCCGAGAGUUGGUGGCAAAGAUCAAGGCAUUGGGGCAGGAGGGCGAGCGCAACAAGCGGUGCAUUGUGGCGAAUAAGACCGGCAGUGCACUAUCUGCUGCGUUUGACACAUUUUCCAGGGCGUCUUUAAAUAGAAAUAUUGCGGUAUUGGAUGAAAUCUUAUCGGCUUUAACCUUGCUUUUCCCACUUGAUGAAGAGGCCAAGUCUUAUCUUGGAUCGGCUGCUUCACUGGAUUGCAUGGUAUGGUUUUUGAAGGGUGGAGAUUUGUCAGGGAGAAGGAAUGCGGUUCUGGCCUUAAAAGUGGUUCUCUCAUCGGACGAUCAGCAUAGAAUAGACGCGUUAGCGGAGGUUGAAGGAGCUUUAGAAGCAUUAGUGAAGCUGAUAAAAGAGCCAAUUUGCCGUACUGCCACCAAUGCUUCAUUGAUGGUCAUAUUUCGCAUGGUAAAGUCCUCGUACGCAAAUGAAAACAUCAUAGAAAGAUUUGUUGGCAUGGGCUUUGUCUCUUUGCUGUUGGAAAUGCUUGUCGAUGCCGAAAGAAGCAUAUGCGAGAAGGCACUGGGUGUUCUCGACGGCGUAUGCGAAAGUGAGAAAGGGAGAGAAAAGGCCUACAAUCACGCUUUGACGAUGCCGGUUUUAGUUAAGAAGCUGUUGCGGGUAUCGGAUUUGGCGACCGAGUUCUCGGUGUCCAUCCUUUGGAAGCUCUGCAAGAAUGAAAAGAGGGAAGAGGGAGGAGUUGGGAUUGAAGCGCUUCAAGUAGGUGCGUUUCAGAAGCUGCUAUUGCUCUUACAGGUGGGUUGUGCAGAGAGAACAAAGGAGAAGGCCACGGAGUUGUUGAAAUUGUUGAAUCUUCAUAAAGAUAGGUUGGAGUGUAUUGAUUCUACGGAUUUUAAGGAUCUCAAGAGGCCCUUUUGAUUCAAGGCAACCAACUAAUUUGAAGUAGUUUAGAGACAAGGAAAUAGGGGUUAAAAAACCCAUUUUUCUCGGUUCGAUAUAUAUGUACAAAAUACAAAAUAUGUCAAUCAAGUUAAAAUCCUUGAUAAAUAUUUCGGAAAAGAUUAAAGGUCUAUACAGUUUAUUUAUUUAUUUAUUUUUAAUCUAUGAGGUAAAAUGGCUUGAGAUACGUUUGUUUCAGGAGUUG